AAUUAAACUUACACUUCUUAGUGGAAUUAUAAGUUUAAUUGUGAUCUCUGCAUGCUCAUACGGUUGUUUCACCUCGUUUACAAAAAGGAAAAGUUUUCCUUCUUUAUACCCUGAGGAUGUCUCUAGUUGAUUCAGCCUUUAUUUUAACAAAAAGUUCAGUUUUUGACCAAAAACCGGGUUUUCUGGAAAAACAGUAAGAUUAAAGUUUUCGAAAAUGGGUUUUGACUUCACCAUUGGAUAGAGGGUACUCGAUAACCUAUAGGGAACUAUAUUUAUUAUCAACGUAGCACUUCUAUCUGCCGAAUAAAACCACAUGUCUGGCUGCUCUAGCCAAAUAUGCCCACUGUGCCAUAGUCCAUACGUUUUCAAGGCUACCAAUAGUCACCAGGUGUCAGCUCUGAGGCUGGUAGGAAAUCCGAUACAGCGCCCAAGCCGCGGAAAAUCAAGGUGUCGUUUGACCCCCGUCUUCAAGAGGACAUCUCGGGCUUCAGUCCAUGAGAAAAAAUCAAUACAAUCCUAUUCGAAAUUUUUUACACACGACCUGGUUUUUCAAAGAUCUCCUAGAAAACCUGUUUCAGGAAACUCUUCUGAGGACUCUCUAAGCUUGUUCACCCAUGCAUUGUACUCAGCAUCAUUAGGUAUUCGUUUUGUACAAAAAUCACUUUCAUAGCAUCAGUGCGUCAGUUCGAAAUAAAAUAGUAAGUUUUUGUACAGGGGGUCUCCAGAAAAGCUCUGAAAACCAUCUCAAAAGCCAUUAAUAUGGUAUCAAAUCAUAUAUAUUCUGAAAGUAGACACUUUAGGCUAUCUUUGUAUGUGCUUAUCGCAAAAUCCGAGAAUCGGCAUUUCUGAGGGGGGCCUCUUAAGGAUAAUAUUUUGUUAUAGUGUCUUGUCACAAAUUUGUUAUAGGGUUUUCCACGUCUGCGUGAAAGAAAAUUGGAGCCCGGUUAUUUCUUGAAACUUCAUCAUGGUCAACUAGUAUCGAGCCAGAAUAAUAUUAAUGAAUCAUAUCCUUGUAUGACAACAUCAAGUGCACGAUUGCAAGAUCGUCUACGGAUACGUUUCUGUUGUUCAUUACAACACUUUCUAGCAGCACGUUUAAAACCAGGUCGUCGAGGAGCUAAAGAACAUGCUCAUCGCAUUCGUCUAACAGUAAAUGAGUAUAAUUAUUUCAAAAGUAUUGGUAUUAAAUCUCAGUUUACACCACAAAUAUCAUUUUUUGCCAGUUUAAAUUGUAUUGUCAAUUUAGUUUAUGGCGAAUAUAAAGAUAAAGUAUGCUAUGUUUCAGAUUUUCAUUGUAAAGUUUGUAAAAGUGUCGAUGCUAAAGGACUCGUUGUAACGAACACACCGGCAUGCGAUGCUGAAAUCGCUCGUGUCGUAAAAGAAAAAGACUGGAAUGGUCUGUUUAUCGGUUACGGUGUACGUCAUGAUCAACAAUGGUUCGAUCGAAUUAUCAACGUUGUUAACCAGAGUAAUCCCAAACAUGCUGAAUGUUUGAAUCCUCGUGUCUCUGCGUAA